AUGGGCCACUUUCGGCCUCGGGCAUGUCAAAGUUGCUCCCGAUCGAAGCUCAAGUGUGAGUGGCCCGCUGAGCCCAUCAAGUCGGGACCCGUUGCAUGCAUCAGAUGUGCAAAGCUGAAGAAGAGUUGCGUCUUGUCGCCGAUGAGGGACCGCAAGAAAAGGGGCCCAUCGACCCGUGUCCGCAAACUCGAAGAAAAGCUUGAAGGCAUCAUGUCGCUGCUCAAUACUGCCGAGAGCAACCCAGCACCCCCUCCAGACCACCGUGGCGCCAAACCACAAGACCCAUCCGAGUCGCAAACUCAGCGAUAUUCUCACUCGCCUGCAUCUCUUGAAACACCACGCCCGGUGGUUGCUUCCGAGCCUCCUCUGACGACGCAAGUACAGGCAGAAGCUAUCCAGAUAGUUCCGGGCUUUGUCUUGCCUCUCGCCGAGGCCGAUGCCGCUCUCAACCUGUAUCGCACGUCCUACUCUCCUUAUUUUCCCUUCGUUCCAGUCCACGUCACAACAGCCGCUGCCGAGCUCGACCAGACUUCUCCCUUCCUUCUGCGCACUAUUUUGCAGGUUGUCGUUCCUCAGACAGCCGAGGUCCAGAAGAGCGUGGACCGCUGGUUCCGCCAGACCAUUUCACAGCGCGCCACCGACCUUCUCCACCUGGCGAGCACGCUCGUACUUGAUCUCGGGUUGCAUAAGCCUCCUAACGUCUACGGUCCUGGACGUCAGUCCUUCCUGCCUGAUGCCAUACGAAAGGUGAAAGGACUGGCAAAGUACGGUCAUCACACUCUGGAUGACAUGAGAGCGAUGCUAGGUUUCUACUACCUGAAUACCGUGAUCUCGUCUCUUUUCCAGCGUACAGGGAGCUUGAUGCCUGCUACACCAUACCUAUCGCAUUGUUGCGAUAUCUUGCUCUCUGCUCAAGAACAGGAAUCGGACACAUUCCUAGUCGCGCUCGUCCACCUGCAGCGGCUCCUCAGCCGGGUAACCGACACUUUCCCAAACCCCGAUUCAGACGACACACCGUUGUCGAUGGGCGUGCCGGUUCACAUGAUGAUAUCGACAGCCCGGAAGGAGUUGGACGCUCUGGUGCGAAGCCAGCCCGCCGAGCACGGACUGCUCAUCCGGCUCUACGAGCCCGCUCUUCGCAUGCGCCCUGCGCCGCGUUCACACGACCCUCGGAAAUCGGCUGCUCGUACCGAGGCUCUGUCAAACUGCCUGCAGGCCGUGGCGGAUUUCUUCGCGGCCUACGCCAAAAUCCCCCUCGACAGCCUCGGCCACAUGCCGCUCGUGACCACCGCCUACAUGGCCUUUGCCUUCGUCACAUCGAGCCGGCUCCUGAUGCUGCACGAUGCCGACUGGGAUGUCGGCCUGGCCAGACGAGCCUUCGACUUCCCGGCCACAUGCCAGAAUCUCAGCGACCGGUUCAGACAGGCUGACGCUCUGGCCGAAUCUCUCGGGCGCCGGCGCAAGUUCAAGGACGACGACUUCAAGUCCGUUCUCGCCGCCUAUAGCACCAAGAUCUCGUGGAUCCGGCAGUGGUAUCUGGCCAAGGUGUCCGCGUCAGGCACUGCCGAUGAUGUUGGUGGGUGCAGGAACGGGCCGCAUGCCCCCCUGGUGCCUCAAUCUUCCCGCAUGGACAUGGAUCAUUUCAUGCCAUCGCGAAGUAUGCCUCCUCCCUCCAUGCCCCAGGAGCUGGAUGAGGAGUUCUGGAAUGCCUUGCUCGACCCCACUGCGGCAAGUAAUUCCUGGAUGGAUUCCUAG